GGUCCCCCUUUCUUUUAUAGAGUCGGUUCUGAAUUGAGAUAAUCUCAUCCCAGUGAAAAAGCCCCCCCUUGCCUGAGCAGCUGGACUCUCUCUGCUCUCACAAGCAGAGCCUCCUCCUCCUCCCUCCUCCCUUGUCUAGUUUCGGCAACCAAAUAUUCCAAUAUUAUUAAAGAAAGACACCAAGCAGCGUGCUAUGGGAGUGGAUUUAACAAGUCUUUUUGGAGCAAGGAGAAACAGCAGAGGUGAGAUGACACCCCUCACAAGGCAAUAGCUCUGACAGCCUGUGCAUCAGCUUGGGUUUGCUUCACUCCCCAAGGACUCCACAAGAAUCUCUGUUUUUUUCUUUUUCCCUUUUUUUUUGGUGACAUCUGUACCAAGUCAAAAAAAAAAAAAAAAAGCCAGUCUCCUGUGAGCGAGCCAAGUCUUUACUGAGAUUCCAGAACCAAGCACUUGAGUUUUUUUUCUUCACUCUCAUUGCCUGGAGCUGUACCAGCAGCCUCACAUCACACUGCUUUGCAAGUUGGCAGCUCUUCUCACUUUGAGUCAAGAUGAAUGAUGUUGAUGAGGCCACCUCCCCUGCGACCAGCCUAAGCGGCCCGGCUACAUGUGUCUCCAAAGUGGAACUGCGUGUGUCUUGCAAAUCCCUCCUGGAUCGAGACACUCUGAAUAAGUCUGACCCCUGCGUUGUACUAAUGGUUCAGAACAAUGGGCAGUGGAUAGAGCUGGACAGGACAGAAGUGAUCAAGAGCAACUUGCAUCCAAUUUUUGGGAAGGUUUUCUCUCUGGAUUACUACUUUGAAGAGGUUCAGAAGCUGCGGUUUGAAGUCUAUGACAUCCAUGGCACUCACAGUAUUGGGACUCGUGACGAUGACUUUCUUGGGGGAAUGGAGUGCACUCUUGGACAGAUUGUAGCCCAAAAGAAGAUGGUGAAACCUUUGUUGCUGAAAUACGGGAAAUAUGCUGGCAAAUCUACUAUCACAGUGCACGCUGAAGAAAUUUCUGGCAAUAAUGGCUAUGUGGAGCUCUUUUUCUGUGCCAAGAAGCUUGAUGAUAAGGACCUCUUUAGCAAGUCAGACCCUUUUUUGGAAAUAUUUAAAAUCAAUGAUGAUGGAACCGAGCAGCUCGUCCACAGAACUGAGGUAAUCAAAAACAACCUGAAUCCAGUGUGGGAGCCAUUCAAAGUCUCGCUCAUGUCUCUGUGCAGCUGUAAUGAGGACCGGAAGCUCAAGUGCCUAGUGUGGGAUUAUGACUCCAGAGGGAAGCACGAUUUCAUCGGCGAGUUCUACGCCACUUUCAGGGAAAUGCAGAAAAUUUCCAGUGGAAAUAAGGUGACAUGGGACUGUGUGAACCCCAAAUACAAGCAGAAGAAGAGGAAUUAUAAAAAUUCAGGGGUUGUCAUCCUCAACGACCUCAAGCUCCACAGAGUGUACUCCUUCUUAGAUUACAUCAUGGGAGGAUGCCAGAUUCAUUUUACGGUUGCUAUUGACUUCACAGCCUCCAACGGAGACCCAAGGAACAGCUGCUCAUUGCACUACAUCAACCCCUACCAGCCUAACGAGUACCUGAAGGCGCUGAUAGCCGUUGGUGAGAUCUGUCAAGACUAUGACAGUGAUAAGAGAUUUUCAGCUUUGGGAUUUGGUGCCAGAAUUCCUCCAAAUUAUGAGGUAUCACAUGAUUUUGCGAUCAAUUUCAACCCAGAGGAUGAUGAAUGUGAAGAGAUCCAGGGCGUGGUUGAGGCUUACCAGAACUGCCUUCCAAAAAUCCAACUCUAUGGUCCCACAAAUGUUGCUCCCAUCAUUAACAGAAUAGCCAAGGUGGCAGCAGGCGAUGGCAACAUCAAGGAUGCUUCUUGUUACCACAUCCUGCUCAUCCUCACUGAUGGUGUGGUGACAGACAUGGCAGACACACGUGAGGCAAUUGUUCGAGCCUCCUACCAGCCUCUCUCCAUUAUCAUCGUUGGUGUGGGGAAUGCCGACUUCACAGACAUGCAGAUUUUGGAUGGUGAUGACGGAGUGCUCCGCUCACCAAAGGGCGAGCCGGUUCUAAGGGACAUUGUUCAGUUUGUGCCCUUUCGAGACUUCAAAACGGCUUCACCUGCAGCCUUGGCCAAGUGUGUUCUGGCAGAAGUGCCUGGCCAGGUAGUCGAGUACUUCAGCCAUAAGGCUAUCUCCCCUAUGAGUCCGAUGAGGGAAUUACUGAGCCCCAUCCUCAGCCCACUUGCCACCACUCCAACAGAAUAACUGCCUGCCCUGCUUUUGUGACCAAGCUUUUGAGCCUACUGCCAGUCCAGUGGACUGAAAGUGGGAGAGGAUGUAUGCCUCACUUCUUUGGACAAGCACUGAAGAGAAAAUCCCUGUAAAUGUGUCGUUACUGAUUUCAUUUUUCACUCGAAGCAAAAAUGUUUACACAGCGAUGGGAUUGCAGAGAUUGUUAGGUGUCUUUUUGCGCUCAGUGUCGAUUCAGCACGUCCCCCCUUCAGCCGGAUUCUCUAGAUAGUUCAGCAUCUCGUAGAGAAUGAGGUCUUAAAGCUCCCCUUACCCAUUCAUUUUUGAUGCACACCAAUUUGCUUUGUGCUGAUCUACUGAUUUGACGCAGGUUUAUUUUUGAAGAUUUGGCACUUCACCUACAUAUUACUUCUCCCUCUCGUUAUGGAAAUUGUACCGAUAAUUUCUAAGUAUGCUGCAAUUAGAUUGUUUGAGCUCACAUAAUUUAGUCAAGACAAUUUAAUUACAGAGAUGCCACAAGUUAAUGAUCAGACCUAAAAAUAUAAUCACAUAUCCCCUUCCUGUCAGAAUCUUUCUGUCUAAGGGAAUGGCCUUUUUUUAGACGCAACUUGUCUAAAUCCUUUUUAAUCAUCACCUCAAAGCCAACAUAAAGGAGUUCAUGGCUGUAAAUUUGUAGUUAAAUGUGUCAGAUGUCACUGAUUCCUAAAACUUAAAUGGAACGCUUCUGCUUUUGUUAUAAAAUAAUAGCCUGACUUUGCAAACUGCUGUGCCUGACUGCUUUCCCACUCAACAGCAGAGGCAAACAGGGGGUUGAUUGCAAUAUGUGAGGGCUGUGGAAAAAGAAACUGCAGUCUGUUCAACAAUAUUAUUUAAAUAACACUGAUGAAUCGGUGCCAAGGUAAUCAGUGGAGUAAAAAGAGACACAUCUUGUGUGCAGAUCAUCAUGUCACCCUUCUAUUACUCUCAUACUGCCACCAGUCUGCACCGUUUUUUAUGUAGCUGGAGGCUAAGAAGUUUUGAGCUACAAAACAAAGCAAACAAAAAAAAAGAAGCUGAAACAACGAAAAUCUAUGAUAAGUGAUUCAUUUCCAGUCCUUUGUCGAGUGGCAAUGGUGUAAGCAGUGAAAAUCAUGCCUCAUGUAAGUCCCUCAACCAGCCAUCAUGCAGGUGAAGCCGCUUGUUCUUUCUGCUGUAAAUUUAAUUUCUGUAGAUAUUCUGAAUUUUUAUGUUUAUUGCUUUUAUAUGCAAAACAAUUGUAUGAGGUAUUUUACGAGACCUUCGUUCUGGGAGAAGAUUAAAAAACAAGGGGAAAGCACAGUUCAUGCUGUAACAAACAUGGCAAACAUUGAACCACAUUUACAUUAGACUUUUUCAGUGGGAUUGUUGUCAUAUUUCCCAUUUUUUCUUAGAACCAAAUGACAACUAAAACUUUUCCCAAGAACAUAAUGCUCUGUAAAUACAUUCAUUUUCAAGUAUCUCUUGACUGAAGGAUGUCUGUGUACUAGUGAAUAAAUAGAGAUAUCCUGGAUUGGGCUCUUCUGUCUGUGUAACAUAAGCCAGAAAUAUCUAUACUGCUCUUUUAUAUUGUAUAAAUUUAAGUGAAUGUUGGCAUCUAAGUUAACUAGUGCAGAGAUUUUGUUUUUGAACUAUACUUAACUGCAUUUUUUACAGAAUGUGGGCAAAGACUACAAAAACAAGAAAGAAAAAGCCAAGUAAAAUGUUUCUAUUGCAACGUUCUCAAAGCCCAGACAGCUAUUUAAAUGUGUGUCACUGCUUAAGUGGAAACCAAAACCUUUUUUUUUUCUUCUGGCACAAAUAUUUCCUGAAAACAAAAUGUAUAAAUGACCACUUUUUUAAUUUUGUAUUAACAUUUACAAAUAUUAAUUGAAAGAGGACAAUGAUGACAUAAAUUUUCUGUUGCUUGAUUUUUCUUGCACUCUAUUAUGGUAUAUGCAAAAUUAUUUAUUGUAGUGCAAAGUAUAAAAGAAUAUAUAAUUCUCAAACCUUUAAGAUGAGAAUGAACAUCUUUUUAAGAAUUCCAACGGCUCUUUGUUUAGCACAACCCAAUUUUAGUUUUCUGUUAUAAAUCUAGCAGUUUACUAAUUCAUCUAAACCUACAAUAAAAUACAAACUGCUCUUGUAACUCAGUUUGUUACAUAUAAAAUUUCCUUUGUACUACAAGCGACUUUGGACUAUAACCAAGACACUUGACGCUUUCACUGCCAGUAAACACACAGGAAAAGUAUCAUGUUUACCAUCAGCUGCAAACCUUUCUAUGACUGUGAGUUUUCCUCUGGUCUUUCCCGGCCCAAACAUUGACCCUUACUGACUGCACCAAAACACAGCUGCCUCUGCUGUCUAAACCCCUUCAACGAUCCACUGAGGAAAGUUCCUCACUGAAGUCUAUUGAUUUAGCAGACCUACAUUGGAAGCCAUAUAGUGUUUCACAAACAUAAAUAUUCCUGGAAGGAGACUUGUUUCAUCUGAGCUCAGGCCCACAUUUGAGCUGAGCAGGAAUGACCCAAGAACAAAAAUCACUAAUCUGACACCCUGCCUGGGUCAGUAUUUUGUUAAUAUGUACUGUACAUUACUUCCCUUUAAACAUUUACAAUGCAAACCCGUGCAAACUCAAUACUGUUAUAACAACAAAAAUGCAAUUUAUAAUUCAGUUUCAUGCAAUUUCUUAAUUUGGUUGCAAGCAUUAUUUAAACAUCUGCAAGUAUUCAUUUAGGGGGGGAAAACUCAUUUAAGCAGUCAGUGUCUAAAGAGCAUUAGCACCCUGUGUGCACAUUGUGCCUUGCACUGUUUCAUCAUGUCACCCAUCUAUCAUUCAUAUUGCUUUACCAACUUGCCUCAGGUCAGAAUCUGCAGCUGCUCAAAAUGUCCAUUAUUUUACUGAUUUAGAAUUUUUUCACAAGAUCUGAUUGCUAAACUGAGGGAUCUCUGACUUUAAAGCAUUUAAAAUUGUUUUUCUAUGUCAAUCUAACAAUCCUACAUUUUACAUAAUAAUAAUAAUAAUAAUAGGCAUAAUCUCCUUUAAAUUUGAUCUUUAACAAAAAAUACUUUUUUCAGCUAAUUUCAGUGCUUUUUUACCCCAAACGUUCAAGUCUUCACACUUGUUUCUAUGCUAAAUGAACAAUAUAUUGGUGAUUUAUAAAAUCCAUAAAUAAUUAAUCUAAUUAACUGAAACUUUAAUGCAUUUAAUGCAAUUAAAUAACAAAUGCAUCUUUUUCUCCAGUGUAAUCUAGUGUUUUCUAGUGCAAUUUAAAAUAAGUAACUGCAAUUAUUGUCAGAGCCUAUCCUUGGUGCCAUAGCAGUGCAAGAAAAAGUAAGCUAAAAACACAGUGGAGUCCAUAGUUCAUGAGACCAUUUUAUUAAAAAAAAAAGAAGAAUCCACUGAGAUACUUAUUGUUGCUCAUCCUUUUAUGCGUGACAUCCUUUUUCAAGGUUUUCCACUAACUUUUGUGCACACAGGUUCCCUCUGUAUUUCUGUUGGGCCAUUCAUUGGUAACCAAAAUGAGGCUGUAAGUCAAUACCCCUUUAUGCAUCUGGCAUAGCCGCAAGCUGUGUGGGUAAAAAAGAAGCCCAUGCAUCGUUUGACUUCUUCUAACAGAAGAAUGGGAUUUAUUGCAUGCUUAUUUUGAUUGUUAAGCUGUGCUGUGCAGUCACUCCUUUGGAUUUUAUGAUAUGCUAAUAUGCACGCCUGCAUUUGCACAAAACUCUGCUCCUGUAGUUUCAGCUUUCUGUCUUGCAAUGGGGUAAAUAAAUCUUAUCAUUAAACUUAAA